AUGUCACCGAACCAGUCCAUCGAAGACAUAGCUUACAAAUGCCUGAAUGGGACACAGGUUCAGUUGAACUCUGUCUCCAUCGCGGUCUACGCCCUGGUCUUCACUGCUGGUCUGAUCCUCAACCUCAUUGCCCUCGUGGUGUUUUUCCGCUACACCAGGGCUCGUUCUCACACCACGGUCUACAUGACAAAUCUGACUUUGGCUGACCUCAUUCUGGUGACUACGCUGCCGCUCAGGAUCUCCUACCACUCUGGGUUCUCGGAGCUUUCUCAGGGACUGUGCGAGGCCACGGGCGUGGUACUGCUUAUCAACAUGUACGGCAGCAUCUUCCUGCUCACCUGCAUCAGUUUCGACCGCUGCCUCGCCGUCUGCUUCCCCCUGUCGUCCCGUGUGCAGGAGGGUCGAAAGCGAGCACCGUUGGUAUGCCUGGGUGUCUGGUUUCUCACCGUGGGAGCCAGCCUGCCCAACUAUAUACUGGUAAAAGGGAGGGAAAGUAGAAAAAAUUGCUUCAUGAGUUUCCCAUUGUACACCACGCAAAAGAACGCCGUCGCCCUCACUCUGACAGUAGGUUUCGGGAUCCCCCUUGCCAUCAUGGUUCUCUCCUCUUGGGGGCUCCUUAGGGCCAUCAGUCGAAGCACUGCCGCCCAGACGGCCGACCUGGUGGACAGCCGCAAAAUACAGAGAAUGAUUGUCAUUAGUCUGGUCGUAUUUCUUGUGUGCUUCCUGCCCUACCACCUCACUCUCGGGUUAAUGUACUUGUAUAGCGGCAACCCUGAGAUCUUUCCAUGCGCAUUAGUCAUAACCUACCACUACAGCUUGAUGGUGGCCUGUCUAAAUGCCAUGCUGGACCCAUUGGUCUACUACUUCACCACGGAGACCUUUCGCAGGGAGGUGGACAUGGAUGCUGUCAGAAGGAUGUGGCCCAUGGGCAGUCAUAGCUCAGACGGGAACAACCGUUCCCAAGCUCCGCUGAACUCCUGA